AUGUCUUCGAACGAUCAGAUCACUUUCUAUGAGCUCGUUGGGAAGGAUCAGAAGCUUUACUGGAGUCCGAAUACCUGGAAGACGCACAUGGCUCUGCACUUUAAGGGCUUGAACUUCAAGAUUGAGCCUUUGACAUAUGUCCAGAUCAGGGAGACGUUGGGCAAAUUGAGUGAACCAUUUGGCAAUACCCCCACAACUGAGUACACCUGCCCUGCUAUCACCCACAACGGUCAGACCCUUAUCGACGGCUGGCGCAUCGCCAACUAUCUUGAUGAGCAAUUCCCUAACACUCCUAAGCUCUUCCCUGAGGGUACCCUCCCUCUUCAACAAUUCUACCAGACGUACAUCAACACCUAUGUGAUCAAGCACUUCUUGUUCUUGUUGAUCGACAAGGUGCCGAAUAUGAUUUUGGAUGAGCCGAGUGCGGAGUACUUUAGGCAUACGAGGGAGAGUAUGUUCGGGAAGAAGUUGGAGGAGAUCAGUAAGAAUAGGGAGGAGCAUAUCAAGAAUAUCAGGGAAGGUCUGCAACCGGUGUAUGCGGUCUUGAAGGAGCAGGGAACAUUGACUGGUGAUGGCAAUGUAUCGUAUGCCGACUUCAUCACAGUCGGGUUGCUUGCUUGGACGAAGCAGGCUGAUGCCGAAGCGUUCAAGGAGAUUAUGGGAAUGUAUGGAGAUGACACGUUGGAGAAGUUGUACAAGAAGUGUGAGCCUUACAUGGCUAAGGACACUUGCUGGUUGAAUUAA